AUACAUAUACUAUACUGUGAAACGCAAGAAUAACAUGCAGCGAGAAGGUUUUUAAUAUUGAGUAUAAUUUCAGUGUCAAAAGAGACGACACAGUGACACCCUCUUCAGGUACGAAAAGACAAGACUAUCAAGAAAAUAAUGGCAGCACUGAACCCCAAUAACCAGCAACAAGAUGACAAGAGAAUAAUAGGAUUUGAUUGUGAGUUUGUGAAGCCACCACCUUCGGAAUUUGUCCAGUCAGAGUGUCCAGUUUGUCUCCAGAUCAUUCGAGAGCCCCACCAGGUCACAUGCUGUGGAAAGAAGUUUUGUAAAGCUUGUAUUGAACACAUCAUAGUAAUUCGAAAGCUGUGCCCAACUUGCAACGAGAAAUUUUCAAGUUUUGCCGACAAAGCUUUGAAACAAUCGCUCUACAGUUUAAAAGUUCAUUGCAGUCACCAGAAAGACGGGUGUGAGUGGACGGGGGAACUGAGACAGCUUGAUGAGCACCUCAACACAGAUCCACAGCCAAAACGACUCGAUAGAUGUCAGUUUGUCGAGAUCGAUUGCAUCUUUAAUUGUGGGGACAAAUUGCAGGUAAGAAACAUUGAAAAUCACCAAAGUGAGGAUUGCCCCAAACGACCAUUUGGUUGUGAGCACUGCCAUAGUUACGAGUCUACCUUUGAUGAUGUCACCAACAACCACUGGCCUAUGUGUGGGUCCUUCCCUGUCCCCUGCCAUAACCAGUGUGGUUCAACUAUCCAACGUCAAAAUAUAGACAGCCAUGUUACCGAUGAGUGCCUCCUGACCACCAUCAACUGUGACUUCCACCACGUAGGCUGUGUUAUGAAACUUCCUCGACAAGACAUGCCAGAACACCUGAGAGAGAACCUACUCAUACACAUAUCUCUAUUAGCCACUAGUCAUGCCAAGCAACAAGCGGACAUUGCUACUUUAGUAGAAGAGAAUAAACAACUAACGAUGAAAAUUAUUGAGUUGAUGCCAUUGCAACAAAUGAUCAUCGUGAACUCCAAACCUCCUCUUGGUGCCCCUGUCCUUACAGUGACCAACUUCCAACAGCACAAGAGAGAUGCCGAUAUUUGGUUCUCCCCUCCAGUCUACACCUACCAUCAGGGCUACAAGAUCUGUCUCUGUGUGUAUGUUAACGGUGAAGGCAAAGGUAAAGGAACACAUGUCUCUGUGGGUGUGCACUUUAUGAGAGGAGAGUUUGACAGUUCUCUGAUAUGGCCGUUUCGUGGUGCGAUUUCAUAUCAACUACUGGACCAAGUCAAUGGCAAGGAUCAUAAAACAGGCACACUCACUUAUAGUGACAAAACACAUAACAAGUACUGUGGCAGAGUGACAGAGGGAGAGAUAUCACCAAGUGGGUGGGGAAGACCACAGUUCAUUGCUCACUCUGAACUGGAGCCCAAGUAUUUACGAAACGACACCCUUCUUUUUCAAAUAAACAAAGUAGAACUUAAGUAGUUACUUAGAAGAGUGAUAAAUAGUUAUACACAAACAUAUAUACCAGACGUACGUGCAUGGUAUAGAGACAAAUUAAAAUUAUAUGUACUGACUAUACAAUAA